UCCUCCUAAUCGCAAAAUACGCUGCUCCCAGCCCAGGUGCUCAGCAAGUAAGCGGGCUUUGUUUUCUGCAGGCAGGAGCUCGGAAACCUGUAGCGUCCAAGGCUGACUCGACAGCAACUGGGAGGAGAAAGCGCCUUCCAGCGCCAGUAACCACUCCCCAAAGGGAAAGUCAUUAGGGGGUGGAGAGACAGCGCUAGGUGCAGGGGGAGCCGCUAUUGGUACGUAGGGAAUAGACAGCAGCCCCCUGAGUGCAGGAGGCAGCCAGGCAGAGCGAGCGACAGCCCGGAGCAGCAGCAUCCCACUCCUGCCCGAACCACGUCUCUCUCCGCGGCAACUCUGAGCGCCACCGACCGCCUCCCUCCGGGCACCGCCAUGGACUCCCCACAGAAGCCGCCCCUCGCUCACCUCUUCAAAGGGACCUUCGUGCACGCCAGCCACUCCUCGCCCAUGGACGUGCUGCAAGGCCACCUGCUGGGCGUGGGCGACGACGGGAGAAUUGUGUUUUUGGAGCAAGCAGAUCAGCAAGAGCAACUAGCUAAGAAGUGGGGCUUCAAAGCAUCUGAUAUAAGAGAGCUUAGUAGUCAUGAAUUCUUCAUGCCAGGAAUGGUUGAUACACAUAUCCAUGCACCUCAGUAUGCAUUUGCUGGAACAAGAGUAGACCUACCUCUUUUGGAAUGGUUAAACACAUAUACAUUUCCAACAGAAGCCAAAUACAAAGAUAAUGAUUUUGCUGAAGAAGUAUACACCAGAGUUGUAAGAAGAACGCUAAAGAAUGGCACGACUACAGCAUGCUACUUUGCAACAAUUCACACAGCUGCUUCUUUGCUACUUGCUGAAAUUAUAGAUAAAUUUGGUCAGCGAGCAUUUGUUGGAAAAGUUUGCAUGGAUAUCAAUGAAAUUGUUCCAGAAUACAAGGAAACCACUGAUGAAUCUCUCAAGGAAACAGAAAGGUUUGUUAAAGAACUACUAGAAAAGAAAUAUCAAAAGGUACAACCCAUAGUGACGCCUCGUUUUGGACCUUCCUGCACUGACAAGUUGUUGAGUAGACUUGGUGACUUUGCGAAGGCUCGUGACAUCUACGUGCAGAGUCAUAUAAGCGAGAAUGAUGGAGAAAUCAAACUUGUGGAGCAAAUGUUUCCUAACUAUAAAAAUUAUACUGAUUUAUAUGAUAAAACCAAGCUACUUACAAGCAAGACUGUGAUGGCCCAUGGCUGUCAUCUCUCUGACGAAGAGCUGAAACUUUUUAGUCUUCGAGGAGCUGCAAUUGCCCAUUGCCCCAAUUCAAAUUUUUCGUUGUGCAGUGGCAUUUUAAACGUACAAAAUGUUCUGAAGCACAAUGUGAAGCUUGGUCUUGGCACAGAUGUUGCUGGUGGGUAUUCAUCUUCUAUGCUUGAUGCUAUCAGGAGAACGAUGUCUGCAUCUAAUACCCUUCUACUCAAUAAAGUGAACAAUACAGGCUUAACUCUUAAAGAAGCUUUCAGACUAGCAACUCUUGGAGGGAGCCAAGUCCUAGGACUAGAUGAUGUGAUUGGAAACUUUGAAGUUGGCAAAGAAUUUGAUGCACUGCUGAUCAACCCCAAGGCUUCAGACAGUCCUUUUGACUUGUUUGCUGGAGAUACUUUUGAGGAUAUUAUCCAGAAGUUCCUGUAUCUAGGUGAUGAUCGGAAUAUUAAUGAAGUAUAUGUGGCAGGCAAGCAAGUGGUUCCUUUUUCAAGUUCAGUAUAAUUUCAUUUCCGUUCUGCAAAACAUUCUGUGGAUCAUUCUGCAUCUAAGUUUGAAGGGAUUGGUUAAAUGCAGUGCCUCAUUGUCAAGAGUGACACCUCAGUUUCUUUGUUUAAUGCUGUGAAUUUGCAAAAUAAUUAUGAGCCUUGUUAGAUUACAAUUUACCUUACCAAGAUGAUGACAUUUGUAUAAGAAAAAAAGCUUUUAAGUCCAUCUUUACAAAUCACAACCAUGAGCGGGGGAGGAAGGGGGGAGGGGCGGGCAGAAGAGAAAGCAGGGGCAGCUAGAUUAAAGCCAGUGCGGUAUACCUACUCCACCAGAGGUUCCAAAUGAAAACUGUGCAGCUGUCUGGAGCUCAUAGAUUGCCAGAGCCAAAUGGAAUUCAAACCUUGCAUGUUUUUAGUUCUGUUAUAAGCCUAGAACCUCUGGGCCUGAUUCUCUUCACGCAUAGCAAUUUAUACCAGUUAACUGAAUUGACUUCAGUGGGAUUACUCCUGACUUAAACUGGUGAGAGAUCAGACUCAGGCCCAGUGAUUUCUGCAAUCAGAAAUUUUCUUUUGGUAAAGAAACUUCAUAGUUUUUAAGGUCAGAAAGGGAAAGUUCUCCCACCCCAAUUGUCAUAACUUCCAAAUGAUCAAGAAGUUUUAUAUAAAAUGAGUCGCUAAAAACAGAGGAUCCAUAAAUAUUCCCUGUGUGUUCACAAUAUUUGUAAUUCCCGUAGAAUAUAGUUUUGAACUGAAAUGGAUUUUUAAUAGUAAAACCAGAGCAGUCUAAAUUUAUAGAAUUUACUUGUUCCUGAAAGUGCUUGUCAGGAACGAUUAUCUGUGUUUGAGCACAGAGGCAGGCAUAAUCCCAGUCUGGUUCGCUUCCAGUUUAAAGAUGCUCUUUUAAUUUUUGAAAAAGUCUGUGAGAUUAAACUCUUCCCUUGAAGAGCACAUUUCCCUAUGUUUUAGCUCCACCAUUUUGCCUCUGGGGUUAGGCAAUUGGUUUACCUCCUGCUGGCCUAAUGCCUCUUUUUCAUGAUUGCUUUGUAACACAAUGGAAGUGCACUUGAAUUUAAAUACCCUCAGAGGCCUUUCCUCUAGGCCAGUUCAACAGGCAAUUAAGUCAGUAUAACUAUAUGUUGUUCAGGGGUGUGAAAAAUCCAAACCCCUGAGUGACGACCCAACCCCAGGCAUAGACAGCGCUAGGUCAACUGGAGAAUUCUCCUGUGGACAUAGCUACUAUUUCUCAGGGAGGUGGAGUACCGAUGCUGAUGGGAGAAGCCUCCCAUCAGUGUAGGUCAGUGGUGGGCAACCUGCGGCCCAUGAGCCACACGCAGCCCGUCAGGGUAAUCUGCUGGCGGGCCACCAGACCGUUUGUUUACAUUUGCAUGGCCGCCUGCAGCUCCCAGUGGUCGCGGUUCGCCGUUCCCGGCCAAUGGAUGCAGUGGGAAGUGGCAGCCUGCAGGCCACAGGUUGCCACCACAGCUCCAGAGGAUCCCUAAAAAUCUGCAAGAUAUAGCAGCGAAAACACAGCAGAACAAUUUGGGGAAAAGUCACUGAGGAUCCCAUUGUGGAAUUUUACGCCCCCCAAGGUUUUCUAUGAAAUUCUGCCACCACCCCGCCAUUUGCACAAAAUUGCCUAAAUAAAGACAAAUCAAAGCACAAAACCCCCACAAAAAUACACCACAAACAAAAUAUGAGCUGGCCACCAGGAAUAAAGGGAAGAUACGAAACAGAACUAAGGACAAGGCCAGAUCCUCAGCUGGUGUAACUUGUCAUAGCACAAUGAGCUUCAGCUGAGCGUCUGGCCCAAAGAGUACAAAUGGGUGAGAGAACCUCUAAAGCACAUAUAACCAACUGCUUCCAGUUGUCUACCCAGACUCUGGAUGGAAUCUUUGAUGUUAUUUGUGUCUUUCAUUUAUGUUCAAUGGCAGCAUGCAAUUCAGAAAAAAGAGGGGCUGUGGGAGGCUAGCUUGCUGGACCAAUAUGCUUAAUGUGCACUAUGUUAAGACCAGCACUUUUUAUAUAUUAUAAAUGGAAUCUAUUUGAAAUUUUAUGUCUUUAUCUUACUGUGUCACUUAUUAAACUUCUGCUUUUAUUUAUUAAUGAAAUUGCUACUAAAUAUUGCCUAUGCUUUAUGCAGCAUUAUUUGAAUUAUUCAUGUGUAGCAAGUGGUGAUCUGCACUUUAAAAUGUUGCCUUGGCCUAAUGUUUAUAGUUAUUCUGUGAUUUUUGCCAAUAGAAGGCAUUGUAGACUGAGGAGAGAGAUUCUGUAUUUGUUCAUUUGUACUGAAUGUUUUCAUUACUGGAGUGUAAUUUCUGCUAGUAAAGAAAGAGUUAAAGGAACCCUGUCAAGUAGUUUAUGCUCAAGUGUAGCUUGUGGGGACAGAGGAGAGGGGUCCUUUAAUAGAACCUGAUAUGAAUAGAAAUAUUUUCAUUGAAUUAAGAAAAGUUCUGUGGAAACAGGCUUUUAAAUUUAGCCUGUAGUAUGGACAGCAAAGCACAACAAAAAGCAACAUAAAGGGACAAAAGUAAAUUGCAGUUCUUUUAAAGAAUAUUUCAGUUCUAAAAAUCAAAGAUAUUACCAGCAUAAUCAGACAAGGACUUCAAAACAUGUAUAGUUAUGUGUUCCCAUAGGUAAUCCAUAACGCAUGACAAGAUGUGUAGCUUUUGAAUUUUAUAAUGCAUUUAUAUAAAUCAAUGGUACAGCCUCAUCUGGAAUACUAUAUGUAGUACUGUCACUCCAAUCUCAAAAAGGAUAUUGCAGAAUUAGAGGGGAGGACCAACAAGAACGAUCAAGGGCCUAGAAAAACACUCGUAUAAUGAGAGAUGGAAAAGCGUGGGAUUAUUUUCCAUAGAAAGGUGGUAAGAGGGAACAUGAAACCAGAAUAUAAAAUAAUUAAUAGUGUAGAGAAGGUAUAUAAGAAACUUCUCGUUGUCUCAUAACACAAAAACAAGGGGACAUUGAGUGAAAUUAAAAUGUGGGACAUUCAAAACUGAUAGAAGGAAAUUCUUUUUCAUACAUUGUGAAACUCAUUGCCACAGAAGUCAGUGACUCCAAGAACUUGACAAGAUUCAAAAGGGAACCGGACAUUUAUAUAGACAUCAAGAAUAUCCAGAGAAUUACAAUUAGUAGUGGGUGAAUAACUGAUUUUUUGGUUCCCUGGCAGUUCUGAAAAAUAAAAAGAAUAUGGUUUCAGUUAACCCCAACCUAGAAACUUCAAAAAAUUUUGAUAAGUCAAAAAAAUCCAUUUAGUAAUGUUUUGUUUCAGAUAUUUUUAAAGGGCUAGAUUCACAAAAUGCUGACAGGGUUAGAAGAUGGCAGUGAUGGUGCCCUCCUUAUAACUUUUAGUCCAGUGGUUAGAGUACUCACUUGGGAUGGGGAAGACCAUUCCUCUGUGCCUGAUGUGGAAAAGAGAUUUGAACUUGGGUAUCCCACAGUGCAGGAGAGUGCCGUGACCACUGGGCUAUGGGGCAGCUCUCACUUUUUCCUUGCUGAAGUUGUUUCACUUGUUAUAAAUAGUCAUUGGAGCAGUGACUUGAACUUUGGUCUCCCACAUCUUAGGCGAGUGCCCUAACAUGGCUUGUCCUAGUCUACACUGAGCACAAAGUCAUGGUCACCAUCGUCUCAUCUAACUCCAGGGUUCCCAGUCGUGUUGAAACACAAUAACAUUUUCUAAUGCAGAUGAGCCUUCAAUGGCUUUUCUGCGAGACUGCCACCAGGGAAUGGUGGUGACUUUUGUGAGGUGGAUGCCUAUCCCAGAGAAUCUGCACUGAGACUAUCCUCUUUAUCUUUAUGUUCCCGUUCCAUGUUCAGUAAGGUUCCAAGCUAGUGGGUUAGGUUCAUUCCAGGGUGACAAUGACCUACGUUGAUGUAAACCUUAGUGUAGGGCACUGACAUUAGGACAUUCACUAAGGGACCAGGCUGCAGCUGUGCAAAGCAGUCAUGCAACCUCUACUAGGCUUCAGCAGCCACGGACAGCACAAGAAGCAGUGCUGGGCAGUAUGAGCAACGUGCUGAUUCAGUACAUCCCCUCACAGGGUCCUUCUGGGGAAGUUCUUGUGCAACUUAAGCUGUUCCCUCAGCACGAACCUAGAGGGAGGGUUGUGGCAGCAAUACUGGCUGUUCUCCUUAGGGAACACACCCCUUUCUACCCAGCAUGUAAUUUACACCUCUUUGGGCCAGUUUUGUUGAAACUGGCCAAUGGUCCCAUCUGCCUGGUUCCUGUUGUACAUAGGUCCCAGUUCUCUCUUUCCAGCUAUUUCUGAGGAAAACACCCAAUAGAAAUAAUGUUAUUCAGUUCCUCCUUUCUAUUCUAAUUAAGUAUAUCUUGGAGGGGGGAGUAUAUUUGGAAUAAUGGUAUUUGUUUUUUGCACUGUUCUGCUUGUUUCUGAUUGUGCUGAAUGAGCACCCAUGUACUGCUGAAACAAAAUAAAGAGGCCUUGUGUUUACAUUAA